AUCUUUGGCCUACUCUAAUCUUUUGAUCUCAACAGCGGAGCAUGGAUACGUUUCAGGUUUCCCGUCAAUAAUUUCCCAAAAAUAUUAAGGAAUUAUAAGCAUCAGAAACUGCUCUGGGAAACUAGAAUUCCCACGGCCAGUCAAAGAGAUUAGUGAUUAAAUAAGGGAAAACUUGUUGCAACUAUGUUCAAAGCAGAGAGGCAAUACCUAGAGGUGAUCAUUUGAAAGAAAGUCUCGGCAUAAAUAGAUGUGGUUUCAACCAAAAACUUUCAAACAAUGACAAAAGAAAUAUUCGAUGACAGAAACCUGCUAUAAGAGGAUGGAAGUGGAGGGAAAUGAGGUUUUUGGUCAAUAAUUUCCAACAGUUGGAUGGUAGCAACAUAGUUUUUCAGAACCAUGAGUGGAACAUCUUCAAAUAAAAGAAGAUUGAAAGACCUUUUGCUACAAAGUGAUAAUCGAGUAUGUGCUGAUUGUGGUGCUCCAGAUCCCAAAUGGGCAAAACGCACGAGCAGAGAGAAUGAGUACUAUAGGUGGGUGUGUCACAAAGCCGGUUUUCACAAGGAAAAAGUGAAAGAUGGGAAUGCAACAGAAAAGAAGAAAAGAAAGACAUCUACGAGUAAGGUAGGUUGCAAGAAUGCAUUGAGUUUGAAGUUUGAUAAAGUGAGUGAGAAGUGGUUUAUCUAUGCAUUCACAAAAGAGCAUAAUCAUGCCGCUGUUACUCCGAACAAGGCACACUUUGUGCCUACUGGAGUUACUAUAGAAGAGAGCAGUGCUGCAGUUAUUGAGUUGUUCAAGGACCAUGGUAUCCCAAUUGGUAAAGUAGCAGAGUUGUUUGGUAAAGGCCGAUUUACCAAGCGAAAUUGUUACAAUCAUAUGAGGGAUGUGAGGUCUAAGAUUCUUGAUGUUGGUGAUGCGCAAGGGGUUCUCGAGUAUUCGGCUUCCAGCGGCCAACUCACCAUGGCCAGCACCACUUCAUCCGAGACUCCGGCUUCUUCUCCGGCCUCUCCUCACCUCGCCUUCACCACCAUAUCUAACGUCAAACUUCACGUCCCCAUUCAACUCAGCUUUUCUCAACCCAACUACAAAAAAUGGAGUCGUCUCUUCAUGCUCCUUGUUCAACGUUUCAAUCUUCAGGGUUUUCUCACCGGCUCUCAUGUUCCCUCCUCCUCUGAUGAUGCUGAAUGGUUUCAACUUGAUGCCCUACUCCAAGGAUGGAUUCUUUCAACCAUCACCGAUGAAGUCUCCGAUCUAGUCAUCUCUUCUGCCACCACCGCUUCUUAUUUAUGGCGGGUCAUUCAUGCUCUUUUUCAUGACAACAAACACGCUCGAGCCAUGCAACUCGAGCACCAGUUUCGAACCACGGUCAAAGGCACCAUGACCAUGGCAACCUACUGCCAAACCUUGAGGAAUAUCGCUGAUUGGCUUGAUGAUGUUGAUGCUCCUGUUUCCGAGUCUCAACUGGUUUUAAAAAUGCUCCGUGGACUGCCUAUGGAUUUACAGGCUCAAACGUCGUUUCUUCAAUUCCAAGAUCCGCUACCCAAUUUUCUUCAAACUCGUUCAGCACUCAUGCUUUUGGAUCGGCAGCAAGGCACCGCGGACAGCGACGGUACAGCGCUGGUUGCUGGCCGUACCACCUCAGCACACGGCAGCCACCACGGUGGCAGUGGCGCAGGCGGCAGUGGCGCAGGUGGUGGACAGCAGAUGGGCAGCAGCAAUCUGGGCAGAAACUCCUAUGGCGGCAGUGGACGGGGAACCGGCAGCUAUGGACGGCAGAUGAAUCGCAUCGGCGGCAACCGUGGACGUGGUCGUGCGAACCCCUUCUGGACUCUUCUUGCAUCAGACUCAAUGACGAACGGUGAAUCGACGAAGGACAGAACCAGUAACUUCACUAAACUGGAAGGCUUCCUAGGACAGGAUUUUCGAAGAUGGCAGAAGAAGAUGCAGAUCCUGUUGACGACUCUAAAAGUCGUGUAUGUGCUGAGUACUCCCAAACCAGAAGAGCGCGAGGACGAAACCAUUGAACAUGCCAGAAGGCGCUGCAAGUGGGAGAAUGACAACAUUCUUUGCAUAGGCCACAUUCUAAACGGUUUGUCUGAUCCCCUCUUCGAUAUUUAUCAGAAUGUUGAAUCUGCAAAGGAGUUAUGGGAUUCUCUUGAAUCCAAAUACAUGGUAGAAGAUGCAUCAAGUAAGAAAUUUCUUGUUAGUGACUUUAAUAAUUAUAAGAUGGUUGAUUCGAGGUCUGUUAUGGAACAAUAUCAUGAACUUGUGCGUAUGUUGGGACAAUUUAAUUUACAUGGUAUGAAACAAGACGAAUGUAUUUCUGUUUCGAAUGUAAUUGAUAAGAUGCCACCGUCUUGGAAAGACUAUAAACGUGAAUUGAAACACAACAAAGAUGAUUUGUCUUUGGUUCAAUUGGGCACUCAUCUUCGGAUUGAAGAAUCAGUGAGGGCUCAAGAAAGCAACAAAUCCAAGGACGUUGCUGGACCAUCUUGUGUUAAUAUGGUGGAGGAUGGUGGUUCCAAGGGAAAGCAUAAGUCUGGAAAAAGGAAGCAAAACAAGCCCGACAAGAACACCGCCAACAAGAAACAAAAGGUGGCGUGUUGGAAGUGUGGUAAACCCGGGCAUUUCAAGAAAGAUUGCAGGGUUGGGAAAGGAAAACAAGAAGCCGGUCCAAGUGGGUCGAAGGACCCAAAUAUGCAACAAGGAUGAUGAUGUUGCAUGGUGGGUAGAUUCGGGAGCAACAUCCCAUGUGUGCAAGGAUCAACGUUGGUUCACAUCUUUGAGGCCAAUUGAAGAUGGCUCAACAUUGCGCAUGGGGAAUGUGUCUACCGAACCCAUCAAAGGAAUUGGAAGUGUUAGGCUAGUGUUUACUUCUGGAAAGUCAAUAACAUUAAAUAAUGUAGUAUUUG